AUGGAGUGUGUCCGGCUAAAGGCGGCUCAGACGCUAGACGACGAGCUAGCCACGGUGCUAAUCAUCUCCGACCCCAACGAGUGUAACGAGAACUUCCUGAUCGUGCUCAAAUGCAUUCUUGACAACGUCUAUCUCGACGCCGGGCCCAUGGACGAAGAAGGCGGGUUUCGCGGUACCACUUACGAGACGAUAUCCGGGUACGCAUUGAAGCUCUUGACACUGAACUUGUUCGUGAAAAACUGCCGCUUCUGUCUCGGCAAAAUGCUUCUGUUGUUGAAUGCGUUGUGCGACCACGAGCCGGGCGUCACCGUCCCCGAGGUCUACUACCAGGGCCAGUGUCUCAAAGAGUACCUUUGCGUGUGCCUUUUAUUGCUCUUAAAGACGAAAAAUCAGGGUGACUUGGCUAAUAUCAUCAAUGUGGAAGCUGAUAUGGUGUUUAAUGCUUUGCGUCUGUUUGAUUUCAUUCCCGUUUUCUCCAAAUUUAUUGCUGCGAACAUGAAACUUGUGCUGGAAGGUUUUACCAGCUUCGUGUUGCUUAAGUUUUCCUGUGAUAUUUUCUUUGAGUAUUUGUACCACGUGGUGGUGGUUACUCCUGAAGAAUACUCGGCUAUCGUGGCACUGAAACUUGUGCCGGUGGCUAUCUACCAAUUAGUGGAUAACGAAAACUUUAACACUUACGAUAUCGAUGCUGAAGGAUACGAGAACGAAGACCAACUCACGGCCUACGAGCAGUUCAAAAUCAUCCUCCUCAUAAAUGAACAAUGUCUUAUGGGCCGCUAUCCUGAUAACUUAGUGGUAAACUCAUUGAACCCCACCACGUUAGCAGGAUUUACCAACCUUGCCAUCUACUACCUCAAUCGUGAGGAGCUGACCAUCGUCAAGAUUUUGGUGCUCAAGUUCUUAUACCUCAUUUUCACUACUACCACGACUUCUACUGCCGUCUACACUAAUGACCUCAAGAUCUUGAUGGACAUUUGCAUCCGUGAACUCAACGAUUUGGACUACACUAACCCAGAAAUCGAUCUGGGGGUGCUUGUGAUUGAUUACCUUCGUGUACUCUACCCAUUGGUGUCAAACUCUCAGGUAGGGUCAUACAAAGUACAGGAACUCAAAGAAGUACUUGAGUUCCUUAAGGCUCACUCGUCAGAAGCCCCGCAUCAUGGCGACGUCAUCGCCUCGCUUGCUAAUAGUAUUUGCGAAGUGGAAUGGUUUGCCGAAGCCUGCCACCACAGUCUGAGACCGCUAUCUCCUCUGAGACUCGAUGACUCCACUGUCCUCAGCAGCAUCACUCAAGCAUUCACCCGGGUGGCCUCGGUACGCACCAGUACUCGCGCUGACUACCACAAACACACCCGUACCCAUAAUAUUGUUCGGCGCAAUCUGAGGCGGAAAUCAGGGGUGCUGAUGGCAACGGCAAAUAACGGUAAUGUGUUCCUCAAGAUGGAUCUCCCCGCGGACGAUGAAGAAGAGGAAGAUGCCCGUAUUGAAAAUGAAGCCAAUAUCUUGGAUUUACCUCUGGAGUAUGUGAGAAUGAAGCCUCUUCCUCGGCUCCCAGUGCCGCAACGUCGCCGUGAGGUGUACACUAAUAAUGAAGCGAGCUCCCUGGCCCUGCUGAUUAAUCUGGCGUCGCUGUUGGUUCGCAAGGCUCUCCGUAAAAAGGCACCGCCUCCCCCUACCCCGCCGCUGCAGGCCACGCGGCUGGCUUCUGACCCUCCGACACCACCGCCCCCGCCCCCGCCUCGUCGCAAACGCCAUGUGCCCCAUUAA